GUCUCCAUUUUCUCUGAGAGAGAGAGAGAGAGAGAGAGAGAGAGAGAGGGAAAAUUGACAUGUUUUUGUCUUGUAGCAAGAGUAGUGUCAAGCUUUGAUUAAAUUAAUCAGAGCCCAAGUGUCACUUGUGAAGCUUUGUGGCAGUUUGAAUGCCAAAAUAGACAGACAAAAUAGCCUAAAAAAAGAAAAAGGAAAAAUUAUAAUUAGUAGAAGUAGCAAGAACAAGAGCAGCUUCUCUCUGGUUCUUGCACUAGUUUUUCUUUCUUUCUUUGUUUUUGUUUUUUUCAACUUUUGAGUUCAAUUCAAUCAAAGGAUUGAGCUCAAAAAAUAAUGUCUUCUGAUCUUUUUUUUUGUGAUAGCUCUUUGUAUCACCACUCCAGCCCUGAAAUGGAUGGAGACCUUCUAAUUUAUGACCCUUUUUCUCCCUUUUGUGAUUCCUCUGCUGACAUCUUUCAAGAAUUCUCUAAUAGCCAAAAAAAUCAAAACCCAGUUCAUAAUUCCAACUCUUUAGACAAUUUUAGCCCUACUAUUCUCUCAUCUUCUCCUCCAAGUCACCAACUUGAGAAUUUGUCUCUUUACCAGACAACCUCUUUGCAGCCUCCUGAAAAUGGUUCCACUUUUGCAAAUGGGUAUACAAAUUUCUCUGGUUUGGGCAAUUUUGGGGUUAAAACUGAGGAAUGUCAAAUGGGUUAUGACUCUUCUUACAAUAACCAACUCUUUAUGCCUCAUAGUUACAGUGGUGCAGAGAAUGUGGCAAAGUUUAUGCAGAGAAGCUAUAGCAGCAAUUCUUUUGAAGGCAAACCUGACUUUCUAUUUCAACCUCGCUUUGACACUCUCCUAGAAUCCUCAAAUUAUCAAAAUGAAAACUUAAGCUCACCUGAAAACACCUUUCUUGCUGGUCAAUUGAGGAGGGUUUGCAGCACUGGAGAUUUACGAAAUAUUAGAACAUCACAUACAACACAGAGGUCCUUUUCAAGUCCUUUGGCUAGUGAGAGCUCCUUUACUGAAGAAGCAAAUUUUAAAGUUGGACGUUACAGUGCUGAAGAAAGAAAAGAUAGGAUUUCCAAAUACAGAGCCAAACGUAACCAGAGAAACUUCACUAAAACCAUUAAGUAUGCAUGUCGAAAAACACUAGCAGACAACAGACCUCGCAUACGUGGAAGAUUCGCGCGCAACGAUGAGACGGGUGAGAUUCCCAAAGCUGCAUGUUCUAUCAGACAUGAAGACGCAGAUGAGCUAUGGUUUGAUGGGGUUCACGGAGAGGAAGAAGAUGGAGGAAUUAGAGGAGGAGAUUAUGUUAACGGUUAUGGACAAGCUCAGUUUCAGUAUUACAGUUACUGAAAGAUUUUUCUGGAGAGGUUUUAAGCAGUAGAAAGUUUUUAUGUAUAGUAACCAGAAAGAAAAGGCACUUUUGAAGAAAGGAAUUCAAAGGCUUUUUUUGAAAUAAGUCAUCAAAAUAUUUAUAUGUUAAAAUCUGCAGUUGCCUGUUGGUAGUUGCAGUUUAGUUUUAGCAGUUU